CAUUUUGUGUUGCCGUGGAUGCAUAGAGGAUAAAAAUCCCUUGGGAAAAAAAAAUAAUAAAACUUUGACUUCCCUGGCUCUGCAGCUCAGGCUGAUCACCAAUGGCUUCCAGAUUCACCCUCAUCUACAAAACCUUGCUGCUCAUAUUCUCCUUGUUUAUUGUCUCUCAUUCUUUAACGACCGAUACACUUAAGCAAGGUGAUGUAUUUAAUUCCACCCACCGCCUUGUUUCCAAAAACGGUCUCUUCAUCUUAGGAUUCUCCGGGAGCUACUUGGUCAUAAAUUACACUAACCAAGAAAAGUCACCACAUCACCCUGUCUGGUCGGCUAACAGAUACGAUCCUAUCCUGGAAAAUACAGGACUUCUCACCAUUAAUGGAACUGGGAGUUUGACGAUCGUGCACGGAGGCGGGAAGCCGGUCGAAUUAUACUCCGGGAACAAUGACUCCAGCAGAAAUGUAACUGCCACAUUACAUGAUAAUGGAAAUUUUGUGUUGCAAGAAGCAAACUCUGGUGGUCAAAUAUUGUGGCAAAGUUUCGAUUAUCCGACGGACACCCUUUUGCCUGGUAUGAAAUUGGGGAUCAACCAUAAGACAGGAAAGAACUGGUCACUUACUUCGUGGCUAGACGAAGAUAUCCCAACUCGUGGAGCUUUUACCCUGGAAUGGGACCCCAAAACACGCCAGGUGUUCGUGAGGCGCCGUGGAGUUGUUUUUUGGACUAGCGGGGUACUAACUGCUGAUAAUACGAAAAAGACAUGGAUAUGGAUCCUAACGGCUGUAAUGCUUGCUAUAAUCAUUGUCUUAAUGAGCAUCUUUCUGUACUUGAGGUGGAGAAGAAUGAAACUGGAAGAGAAAUUUCUCAAGGAGCUGAUGACAUACGAUAGAGCAAGGGAUGUAGAAGAGCUUGAUGAUGGUGGAAACAGGGGACACAAUUUACUCAUAUAUAGUUUUGCAACAAUCAAGACUGCUACCAAUGGCUUUUCAUUCAAAAACAGACUAGGACAGGGUGGUUUUGGACCUGUUUACAAGGGGAGAUUAACGGAGGGACAGGAAAUAGCGAUAAAGAGACUGUCAAGUAGUUCAGGACAAGGGCUGGAAGAGUUCAAAAAUGAGCUUAUUCUCAUAGCUAAACUGCAACACAUGAAUCUUGUGCGGCUGCUGGGUUUCUGCAUCCAAGGGGAAGAGAAAUUAUUGGUAUACGAGUACAUGCCAAAUAAAAGCUUGGACUUUUUCAUCUUUGGUGAUGAAUCAAGAAGGAAACUGUUAGAUUGGAAGAAGCGGUUUAACAUCAUUGAAGGAAUAGGUCAAGGUCUACUUUACCUCCAUAAGUAUUCCAGGCUGAGAAUAAUCCACAGAGAUUUGAAAGCUAGCAAUAUUUUACUUGAUGCGGAAAUGAACCCAAAAAUAUCUGAUUUUGGUUUGGCAAGAAUUUUCAAGGCCAAUGAAUCUGAAGCAAACACUAGCACAGUUGUUGGGACACGUGGCUAUAUGUCUCCAGAAUACAUCAUGGAAGGCAUCUUUUCCACCAAGUCUGAUGUUUACAGUUUUGGAGUCCUAGUACUGGAAAUUGUCAGCGGUAGGAAGAUUCUGAAUGUUUAUCACCAAGAUCGUCCGCUCAACCUCGUAGGCUAUGCAUGGGAGCAAUGGAAAGGCAAUGCAUUAGAAAUAGUUGAGCCAACAAUAAAAAAUUCAGCUCCUAAAGAUGAAGUUUUGAAAUGCAUCAAUUUGGGUUUGCUAUGUGUAGAACAGAGUCCACUGAAUAGGCCGACUAUGUCAGAUGUUUUAUCUAUGUUAACAAGCGAGGAUCCAGAGCUGCCAAUGCCGAGACAGCCAGCAUUUUAUAUAGGAAGCAGCACUGUAACAGCAAAUUCAAAUGAAAAACAGAUAGAACGUUAUACAGUCAAUGAGAUAUCCAUAUCAGAGAUGGAUGGGAGAUGAAUGAUGAAGGCACGAUGAGCUACCCCCAACUCAUCUCCCCUGUCCACGGAGACUGAUUUUCUUGUGUGGGUCUGCAGCUGGAUAAGUGAGACCGAAAAUCAGAAUUAUGGCAUUGUCAUCCAUAGCAGGUAGUAUUUGUGAUGCCAAAUAUUGAUAAAUUGGAUAGAGAAAAUUAUAACUUUUUUUUUCUGUAACAAUUGUACAGAUGAAAAUUUUGAGUUAUUGCGAAACUUAUUUUCAUCAUUUAAAAUUUA